AUGGACAACGCAGCCUAUGUGACGUGGCCAUCUGCACGAUCGAACAACCGCAAGAAAGGGCUCAUGUCCACGCGCCAAUCUCCAAACAAAAUGGAGAAACAAGAGUUUGCUUACUAUCCUCUCACUCCGUUCGAUGGCAUGGUUGACCACUGUGGUAUCGCGGCGGGAUGGCUCGUUGAAGGUUUGCUUGAUCUCACCACGAUCGAGCAAGGCCUGAACCGUAUCAUUGCCAAAUGGCCGAUGCUCUCUGGAAGACUAGAGUUCAUCAGCAAACUUAUGUACAGAGUCAAUGUCCCCCUCGAUACCCUCCCACCUGAUUACCUUCCCUUCGCCCUGACACACCGCGAAUCCUCGACACCAAUCACUGCUUACGUCCAGCUUCCUCUUCCCGCGGUCUCGGACGCCCUUCCGCAGGAACUCUUUAUCGAUCCCUCCGUCCCGAAGGCCACACGGACCUGGGUCGAGAAGAAGCUCCCCUUAACGUACUGGCACAUUACUCACUUUAAGCAGCCGGGGAUGCACUACACUUGUAUUGGCGUGUCGUUCUCUCAUGCUCUACUUGAUGGGACGGGCAUUGCGAAUUUGGUGCAUGCGUUGGAAGCUGAGAUGCUCGGGAAGCCGUGGGCGGUGCCUCCGGCGCUGCAUUCGGGGCAGAACGAAAAUCAUCUUCAGGUGUUCCUGAACCGGACCAGGAACGAGAUAGUCAAGGAGGGCAAAGAAGCACCAGAGAACUAUACCGGCGUCUCUGUCGUUGGAAUAUGGUUUGUCGUCACGUUCUUCUUCUGGCACGUAUGGCAGCAGGUAUGGCACAACAUGCAGAAGAAGAUGAUCGUACUUCCGGUCCGAGCGUACGAGAAACUCGUUCUUGACGCCCGCGAGGCGCUUCUUCUUGAGGGGAAGAAAGAAUCCCGGAUUUCGACUGGGGAUGUCUUGGCGGCUUGGCUUUUCAAGACAGUGUACGCCACAGAGCCUCGCCAAGACAUGCGCGUCCACCUAUCAAAUAUGGCCUCCCUACGUAUGUUCUCUGGCGGAGAGCUCAGUCUUUACCCGCACAAUUGCUUCAUUCCCAUCCCGUAUCCCGUCUUCACCGUCGCUGAUCUCCAAGCAACCCCCGUCCAUAACAUCGCGUACACCCUGGCUGGGGUCCGGGCUUCUCUGUCGCUGGGACACGCGAUGCAGGUGCAUGCCAAGAUCGAAGAGCUAGUCAACCACUCCUUCGGAUUCAAAGGAUACCGCACCCUCCUUCCAUUUGACUCGAGCGCGGAAGAGUCGCUGGUCAUGUCGAAUAUGUCGAUCGCGCGGAUGGUGGAUAUCAAUUGGAGCGGUGCUGGUGGGGGAAGAACUCUUGGGAGGUACAAGUCCUUGUUGAUGGCGCCACCUAUUCUGAUUGGAAACGCCGUCACGAUUGCCGGACGCUUACACGAUGGAAGUACACUUAUCGAUGCUGUCCUGAGUGGAAGGAGGAUGAAGGAGGUAGAACAGGAGGUCGAAAGACUCAUUAAGCGUGCUUUUGAAAGUGCGGUCUAG